GAAAAGUCACUAGGUACCUACCAACAUAGGUACCUAAUUAAAUAAACCUGAAAAAUACAAAAUUAACGAAAUCAAUUAAUUUCCAUAACUUUUGUCAUCGCCACUUACGUGAUUAUUUGGAUGAUGUUACCUGAAGAAUCUUUGGCGGGAAUGAGAGGAGAGAGUUGUGUGAAUUGUGUUAUUUUGUUAAUUAAGUGUUUCUUUAGGUUUAAAUCUGUAAUAACGGUGGCUUGUUAGCUGUUUCAUUUAAUUUCAUUCCAUUUGAUUAGAGUUGCAAAUUAGAACACUUCAUCUCAUUUCGCUUCAUAUCAUUUUUCACAUAACAGAUUACGUACCUAAAUUAAACGUACACAAUUGAAGAUUCCUAUAAACUCGACAUUGGCAACAAUAAUUUAACGCAGCCAACAAGCUAAUAUCAUUUAAUAAUUGUAGUGCAUUUUUUUUGCUUAGGUGGACGGACGAGCUCACUGCUCGUCUGGUGUUGAGUGGUUACUGGAGCUCAUAGACAUCAACAACACAAAUGUCGCCAUACAUACCGACAAACGAGGAUGUUUAGUAAAAAUAAUUAACAAAGCUGACUUGCUUAAUUUUAAUUUUGUAAUCCAAAACAAACUCAACUUUUCAUAAAAUCGAUAAUUAAUAAUAUAAUAUAAUUAUUUUAAACAUUAAUUUUAAAUUAAGCUUUUAUAUAACUAUCAAAAUAUAAAUAUAAUAAUUUAUUAAAUCGAUGUAUCGGAUUAUAGCAAGGUUGAUGCUAAAGUUGAUGCAAAAAUAGGAAAUUAGUGUUUUAAGCCUGUUGACUUGUGUCACCGAUGCUGACAAACAACAAGCAAUCAUAAUCAAUACGUUUUCGUUGUUGGAUGAUAACAAAAUCAUGUUUGCAGAAUUUUAAAAAUUGUUGGCUUAUUUAUCUGAAUAUCAAAUGGAUUGACAAAUGAUUUCAUGAAAUGUAGUUGAUUGUACUCCUAAUCAUUUAAAAUUUUAUGUUUAAUGAAUCAAAAUGGGUUGUGUAUGUUGCUCGUUAAGUUCUUUUGUAUCCAUAAUUCUUGAUGCCCUGGAAAGAGUAUCAUUGUGGACAGUAUGCGCAAUGCUAACAUGUUGUUUGAUGCUGACCAUUCUAACCGUCACCAUCAUGGGCAUCGGGAUAGGCUACCACUACUGUUUCGUUCAAUCAUCAGUGGAUGCAAUGGCUCAGGCAGCGAAAGCGGCAGGAUCUUUGCGGUCUGGCUCGGGACAGGGUCCCGUGCUGCGAUCAAUCGACAAAGCGGUCAAACGUGGAUUCGCACAUCGCGUGGAACGCCGUGAUGUUGACAAUCCACCCCCGACGAAUAACAUAACGGAUUUUUAUCAAAAUUACACUAGUGUGUUCAAUUCUACAAAUUCAACAAAAUUCUAUUGAAUUUUAAGUCAUACGAUUGUUUGUAAGAAUAAAACUAUUUAUUUAAUAUAA